UGAUUCCACGCAGACAGCUUUAACCGAUGUUUUCUGUAUUAAGAAUUCAUCGUUGCAUAAAAAAGUUGUCAUUUACGUGCGUUUGAAAACGAUAAAAUAAUUUGGCAUGAAAUAAGUGCGUUUACCAGCAAACCCGGUCAGUAACCCCGGCCUGCAUUUGUACAGAAUUAUACAUAAUGUAUUCUAUUAUCGUUAGUCUGUGAACCCUCUUUCCGGUUUGAUUAUUACUUAUGUGAAAUAUUGAAACUGUCUGUCUCAAAUGGCUUGUGUUAGCCAACAAGCUAACCCAUGUCAAGUGUUUCUGUCAGUGGAGUGCAAUGGGAAAUCCUCAGUAAUCUUCGCUCCUCUUGGGCCAUUGCACGAAAAAGCUGCCAAAACAGACGUGUAGCAAUAAAUAGUAUGUAGACCCAAGAUUGAUUAUGUUAAAGCUGCCCAGAUGACCUCGAUUUGAGUGGAAGUUAGCUUAGUAGCUCGCUUGGUCGCUAGCUUAACAGCUUUGCCAUAUUCGCUCCAAACCGUUUUUAAAACACUUUUGCGAAAUAAAAGGGGUGUUGUUAAUCGUGCUUAACCGCGAGUGUGGUUUUUUUAAAACUAGAUAAUAACUAGUUUAGGUCGCCUUAAGGACCUGUCACUUCAGCUAGCAGGCUAUUAAAGCAUCACUGCACGAUGGCUUUGCUUUAGCUUCCAUGUAAAAUGGCUGCCAGGCAUUAAACCAAAUCCAUUUUGCUUGUUAUAUUAGUUCUGAUGAGUUAGUUAACAACUGUGUCAAAUAUUGAACGAUUAUUUUCCGAUUUUGAAGGACUAUCUGUCGUCUGAACUCGUGCUGUAGCGAAGCCAAUGAAUUGUUACCCUCCAGCAGAAUAGUGUUAUGACUGUCAACUCUUGCUGAAUAUAAUGGGUAGUUUCUGUAUACUGUUCCUAAGAUAAAUUAUGGAAUCUCUUUGUAAAUGAUAUCAGUGAUUUUACAUAUUUUCUGAAGCCAUGCAUGAGGAUUUCACAGUUGCCAUGCGUCUUAUAUGUGCAUGCUUAUAACAUCCGCAUCCAUUUUGGGUUUUAUGAAUGCGCCCUGGUCUUACGAUCAAACAUCUCUCAAGUGCAAGCUCGUUUAGAAAACAGUACUAUUCACCGCACAAGUGUUUUAUUUUUCAUAUUAUUUGAUUUAUCUUUGUUUCCUGUUUGAGAGAUGGGCUUCAGACCUCCUCUUCCUCUGUCCUCUUGCUAACUGGCUAUGCCAACAAAAACAGCACCUAAGAAGGCAAAGGGCUUCAGGACUGUAAGUUCAGAGGAAAGUUUACACACUUCGUUUCCAGAUGGCCUUUUGAGUCCGAUCCGUUCGCAAAACGAGACAUUUUGUUGUGGAAAUUUGGCUCAGGUUUUUCAGCUAGACCAAGCAUCUAUUCCUCAGCCCCAGGGAUCAUGGCCAAAGAUGCUGGUCUGAUUGAGGCCAAUGGGGAGUUGAAGGUUUUCAUUGAUCAGAACCUGAGCCCUGGCAAAGGUGUUCUGUCUUUAGUAACGGUGCAUCCACAGACAGUGACGGUUGGAAAACAACUGUUGCCAAAAACGCUGGGCCCUUCCAACGUGAACAUCGCACCACACAUGGUCAUUAGCACACCUCAGAGGCCCAGUGGCUCCAAUGUAAUCCUAAUGAACAGCCCACACACACCCAGCUCUCAGUUUAUCACCCAGAGUCAACCAUCGGAAGCAUCUCCGUGGUCCUCCGGAAAGAGGGGUAAGAAGGGGGAGAAGAAUGGGAAAGGCCUGAGACAUUUCUCAAUGAAGGUUUGUGAAAAGGUCCAGCGGAAAGGUGUCACAACUUACAACGAGGUCGCUGAUGAGCUUGUGGCCGAGUUCAGCUCUGGUGAUAAUCAUAUCUCCCCUAAUGAUGCGCAUGUGUAUGACCAGAAGAACAUUCGGCGGCGUGUAUACGAUGCGCUCAAUGUGCUGAUGGCCAUGAACAUCAUCUCCAAAGAGAAGAAAGAGAUCAAAUGGAUCGGCCUGCCCACAAACUCUGCUCAGGAGUGCCAGAACCUGGAGGUGGAGAGGCAAAGACGUUUGGAGAGAAUCAAACAAAAACAGUCGCAACUUCAAGAACUUAUCCUACAGCAAAUUGCCUUCAAAAACCUUAUACAACGGAACCGCCAGAGAGAACAACAGACAAAAAGGCCCCCACCUGCCAACUCGGUCAUUCACUUGCCAUUUAUCAUCGUAAACACCAGCAAGAAAACAGUCAUUGACUGCAGCAUCUCCAAUGACAAGUUUGAGUACCUCUUCAAUUUCGAUAGCAUGUUUGAGAUUCAUGAUGACAUUGAGGUGUUGAAGCGCAUGGGCAUGGCUUGUGGUCUCGAGGUGGGCAAGUGCUCUGCCGAGGACCUGAAGACUGCCAGAAGCUUGGUGCCCAAAGCACUGGAGCCCUACGUCACGGAAAUGGCACAGGGGCCUAUCAGUAAUGUCUAUAUGACAGGGGCUUCGUCUGCUAACGGAGGCCGCUAUCACGUUGGGAGUGACGGUGGAGCAGAUGGCACCAUGGCCUCAAGUUCAAACGACUCCCACUACAGCGGCUCUCGGGUGGAGACCCCCGUGUCUUACAUGGGCGAGGACGACGACGACGACGACGACGAAUUCGACGAAAACGACGACGAGGACUAAGCUCGGCCCUCUUUCAGCCUGUCCGUCGUGCACAAGUUCUUCCAGCUGCCACGUCCGAGGAUCGAUCAACCACAUCAUUCUGUUUCCUCUUCUGCAACUCACCGUUUCUUUCACUCUCUGUCUAAGAAGGGCAUUGAAGAACACGGGGCUUUAAUAGGAUGAGUUGUUUUCAUCCUCAUCUUUCUGAGCUCAGGACAAGCCACGUCGUCGCAGGCUGUGUGCUUCGCCUGCUGGGAAUUCUAGUUUUCAGCUGAAGGACUUUGCUGAAGUUUAGAGGUGUCACUUUAUUUCCUGUUGCAGCGUUCCUACUGGAUGUUAUCCACUCUGAUCUGCAUAACCCUCUGAAACCUUCUGUUCCGAAGAAAACCCCUCUUGCGUACAGCCGUACGGCGAGCUGUUGGAAAAUGUUGUGUGAUCUCUGUGUGAAGUAGUUUCUUCUGUUUUUGAAUUAUCUUUUCAUUUUCGUUGUUGUUUUUGAACUUGCUGGCUUGAUUUGCAUUCUGAUGAUUCGGAGACUAAUGAAUCAAAGAACCUAGAAAGCUGGCUGCUAUUUUUUUGCCCCAUGGAGGGCAGGUCUUUGGAUGUGUGGACUCUUUUCGUAUGCUGACCUGAUAAUUUCUCGCAGGCUUUUUUGUAGAAUCUCUCCUCCUGUGUGUGUGUGUGUGUGUGUGUGUGUGUGUUCGGCUCCUUGGCGUUCUGCAGAGCGCUGCUUUUUUUGGAGGACUCUGAGAAGUCAGUCUUUUUUUUUCGUUUCGUUUGUUCUCUUUUGGUUUUUGAGCUUCAUAGGCCAACCUGUCCUAGAGACACCGGAGGACAUCGGAGAAACUUGAGUACCUUAAAGCAGUUAUAGGAAUAUAAAAAUGCUUUGUUUCUUAACCACAUGAUAUCGAGAUUUGUUUCUAGUGUUCUCUCCGCGUCAGUAAUUCCUUGAAGCGUGUAAGAUUAUUGUUGUGUAUUAAAAAGAAAUGGGCUCUAGGUCUCUCUCGACUUCCCUUUUGAAAAUUUCCUUUUAAAGAAAAAAAAAAAAAAACUGAAUCCUUGUACUGACUCCUCAAAGUAACUUUUCUGUAAUCUAAUAUAAGUUUCAAAUUUAAAUAUAAAGAAUGUUUUAAGAAUUCAAACUCGUGUUUAUUUGCGACACUAAUGUAAUACUACUAAUUUCAAUAAACUUUAUUUUGUA